GCGCUAGGACCUGCGCGGCGCUGCCGGCACGGCGGCGGGGCGGGCGCGGGGCGGGGGGAGCGGCGGGAGCGCGGCCCGGAGCGGCGGGUGAGUCAGGCCCCGGGCGGCAUGGAGCCCGGCCCGCCGCCCACGGAGCGGCCGCAGCCGCCGCAGCAGCAGCCCCGGGAGGAGGAGGAGGAGGAGGAGGAGGACUGGCUUCGCCCGCAGCCGGGCGGCGCGGCCGCCUCGCCCGCCCCGUCCAAGGCUGCGCCGGCCAGAAGCACGGGGCGCAGGGUGAUUGUGCACCUCGACCUGGACUGCUUCUACGCGCAAGUAGAAAUGAUCCGUAACCCCGAGUUAAGAGACAAGCCUUUAGGUGUGCAACAGAAAAACAUUGUAGUUACCUGUAACUAUGAAGCCAGAAAAUGUGGAGUGAAGAAACUGAUGUCUGUGAGGGAUGCUAAAGAGAAGGUUCCUCAGCUGACACUGGUUAACGGAGAAGAUCUAACUCCAUACAGGGAAACGUCGUACAAGGUUACAGAGUUGUUGGGGGAAUUUUGUCCUCUGGUGGAAAGGCUUGGGUUUGAUGAAAAUUUUGUGGAUGUCACAGAGAUUGUAGAGAAAAGACUAAACCAGCUACAGCAAAGUGGAUGUUCCAGAGUCUGUGUGUCUGGCCACGUGUACAACAACCAAGCUAUAAAUCUGCAGGAUACAACGCAUGUAAGACUAGUUAUUGGAUCUCAGAUUGCAGAGGAGCUGAGGGAAGCCAUAUAUGCGAGACUGGGCCUUACAGGCUGUGCAGGAGUGGCCUCCAACAAAUUACUGUCUAAACUAGUAUCUGGGACCUUUAAACCAAACCAGCAAACAGUUCUUCUGCCUGAAAGCUGUCAAGAUCUAAUACGUGGCCUUGAGCACAUCCAGAAAGUGCCUGGCAUUGGCUACAAAACUGCCAAACGUCUUGAAACGCUGGGUGUUAGGAAUGUGUGUGAUCUCCAAGCGUUUCCGUCUGCUGUGUUAGAGAAGGAACUUGGUGUUUCUAAUGCUCAGCGUAUCCAAAAACUCAGCUACGGAGAAGAUGACUCCCCUGUGACUCCAUCAGGCCCUCCUCAGUCUUUUAGUGAUGAAGACUCCUUUAAAAAAUGUUCAUCGGAAGUGGAAGUUAAAGAGAAAAUUGAAGAACUGCUUCACAACCUAUUAGACAGAAUAGACAAAGAUGGAAGACAACCACACACAGUAAGGCUGACCAUACGCCAGUUCUCCUCAACCAAUAAAUGGUUUAAUCGGGAAAGCCGUCAGUGUCCUAUUCCACCUCAUCUCAUUCAGAAAUUUGGAAAAGAAAGCAGCAACAUUAUAUCCCCAUUAGUUGAUAUACUAAUGAAACUCUUUCGAAAGAUGAUAGAUGUAGAUCUACCGUUUCAUCUUACCCUUCUGAGCGUCUGCUUCUCCAACCUCAAAGAUCUUCCUAGCAGCAAGAAAGGAUCCAUUGGUUUCUAUCUAAAGCAGAUGUCACCGCCCUCAGGCUCCAGUAAACGUGUCCGGGAAGAAGAAGAUGUCUCACAUGGUGAGGGAAGUGCUUCUUGGAACCAGAGCUGCAACAGAACUGGAACUACGAAAACUAGGAAACUUUCAGAGGAAAAGCAAAGCAAUAUAAAGAAAGCAGGAAUUCCUGACUUCCCAUUUCAUUUGUUUCCUGCUGAUAUUGACGAGGAAGUCUUCAGGGAACUUCCAGAAGAUAUUAAAAAAGAAAUUCUUUCUGAAAAAACAGAAGUGAUCCUGGCUGAGAACAUUUCGGGCCAGCCAUCAAUAUGUUUUGCAGAAGAGGCGUACAGCACUUCCCCAAAUUCUAAGGGACUAAACAGUGAUAGGCGCUCUGCAGGGUGCAGCACCAUAUCAGCGCAUGAAUCUGCAACUGCUCUGGCAUACGGCUCCAGGGCCAGUUGUUCUUCCGCGUGCCCCAGAAGUGCACUGUCAAGCAGCAGUAUGGAAAAACAACCCCCUGACUCUCAGGAUUUCAGAGCGAGAGAUCUGUCACCUCUGGAAGCUGGAGCUAGCCAAAGUGUUCUACGUGUCCCUAUCUGGGAUAAAGAUAAGCAGGCCUUUGAAACAACUUCUGAGGAUAAAGCUUGUAGUAGGAAAGCAGGAGUUGUAUUUCCUCCUAAUGUUGACACAAAGACUUUUUAUGAACUACCCGCAGGUGUGCAAGAAGAACUACUAGCUGAAUGGAAGAAUCGGGAACCUGGGCCCAAGACUUCUAGGGAUAAACCCCCUGAAAAGCCUAAAGCAAAUAAAGGAAGGAAGAACACAGCACCUUGUUUAUCACAGUCUAACAGUUUGUUAAGAUACUUUAAACCACAGUGAAACAUUUUUCAUAAUAGUGACACUACAAGAAUCAGCACUUGAGAGCACUUUAGUUAUGAGAAGUUUACUGUAAAUUGUAAAGAUGUGAAUAUUAAAAAUGUAUUUUGACAACUUUUGACAUAAAACUUGCU